AUGCCGCGCAGACCAACGUUAGACCCAGUAGAUGCAAUCCUUCACGUUCCUGCUCGCAGUCAUCGUAACUCUGGAAUAUCAGAACAAUCUUUCGGUUAUGCAAUGAACAGCGCUUCUGAACCUGCGAAUCUAAUGUGCUACAUUAACGAAAACAUAGUGGGAAGAAAUAAAGUUUUCCGCGGUCCAUUCGGAGAUAGACAGACUGUUUAUUGUGAUUGGACCGCCUCAGCUAAGUCGUUGUCGUUUAUUGAGGAUUUCAUCAACUCUGAGGUUUUGCCGAACUAUGGCAACACUCAUACAACUACGAACGUCACUUCUUUGCAAACAACCAUGUUUCGCCACGAAGCCAGAGACAUAAUUCGAAAUUCCGUCAGGGCUUCAGAAGCUGACGCAGUUAUAUUUGUUGGAAGUGGAUGCACUGGAGCCAUUCACAAGUUGAUCCAUAAUCUUCACUUGGAACAGCCUCCGAUAGUUAUAGUAGGCCCGUUUGAACAUCAUUCAAAUAUGCUUCCUUGGCGCCAUCUGGCGUAUAAAGUAUGUCGCGCCAGCACUGAUUCAUCAGGGACAGUUUCUCUCGAGUCCUUGGAAUCCAUAUUGAGGGUAAGUGGAAUUAGGAUGCAAAUUGAUUGUAUGUAUGGCUGCAGCUUCCAACGUAACGGGGAUCUUAGUGGACGUCAACGCAUUUUCUAGUCUAACCCAUCGUUAUGGUGGCCUUGCUUUUUGGGACUAUGCUACGGCCGCUCCAUAUGUAAAAAUCGAUAUGAAUCCAGUAGUUACCGGACCGGACCAUGAUUAUGUGUAUAAAGAUGCUGUGUACUUCUCCAUGCAUAAAUUUAUCGGUGGUCCUCAAACGCCUGGAGUGCUUGUGGCGAAACGUUCUCUUUUCAAAGCUGGUGAGGUACAACCCAGCGGAUGCGGUGGUGGAACUGUAUUCUUUGUGCGUCGUGAUGGACAGGUGUAUUUAAAGGCAUGUGCAUUAUGUGUUAUCAUCAAUUUGUCAAGCCAAAUCUCUUGUAAACAUCUGAUUAUUUUUACGGUGAAACAUAAAAUAUUGUUAUCCCGUUUAUUCGUAAUUUUCCNUUCAACAGUUCCGUCGUUUUUCCUAUGUUCUGAAUCCCAACCUCCUCUUUCGUUACUGUUAUUGUUAUUAUUGUUUGGUGUUGGCACCAUGCUUGUCCUAGCUUUUCCGUUCACGCUGCAUUUGCUCCAUCCGCGACAUGAUUGCUGCUCUUUGUUAGCUGUUUCNUCCUCAUUGCCCCCCGAUUUAUACUCAAUGCCACCGGUUUUAUUUUCAUAUAUAUAUAUAUAUAUAUAUAGUUAUCAUUUUUUGUUGGCAUGGAAUAUGCUUACUAGCAGAGGUUACUUAAACUAUAUCGGUAGUAUUCUCAAAACUAUACCUCCCUGUGUUUUAUUAUCCUGA